CUUUAAGUCUAGCUUCAGUUGCCGUUAACCACUGGCUCGCAGCUUCCACUGUCACGAAGUUCCGCUGCCUCCAAAAUGUUGUCUUCGCUGUCGACGCUAUCUUCGUCCAUUUCGCGCCUAAAUCUCCGUCCAAAACCCUCACUUCACUGCGCUUUAUCAUCUUUCAAAAUCCCAAAACCCUACAAGAAGCUAUUAACGCUCAAUUGCUCACCUCUCACUUACUUCUCACUCUAUUCUCCAUCUUCUCGCUUUUCGUCUUCGAUUAAUUCCAUUUCCCCAAAAUCCAAAAUCGAAACUCUUCGCCGUAAAGAUGAUUUGGUUAUUCUCGGCAUUGAAACUAGCUGCGACGACACCGCCGCCGCUGUUGUUAAAGGCAAUGGUGAAAUUCUCAGUCAGGUGGUGUCUUCUCAGGCAGACCUGCUUGAACGGUAUGGUGGUGUUGCUCCUAAAAUGGCAGAAGAAAGGCAUUCACAAGUGAUUGAUCAGGUUGUACAGGAUGCCCUUGAUCAAGCAAAUUUAACUGCAAGGGAUCUCUCUGCGGUUGCUGUUACUAUUGGUCCUGGUUUAAGCCUUUGUCUUUGUGUUGGUGUGCAGAAAGCUCGUAAACUGGCAGGCAGCUUCAAUCUACCAAUUGUUGGUAUCCAUCAUAUGGAGGCUCAUGCUCUAGUAGCCAGGUUAAUUGAACAAGAGUUGCAAUUUCCUUUUAUGGCGCUGCUAAUUUCUGGAGGUCACAAUCUGCUUAUUCUAGCUCGUGAUCUUGGCCAUUACAUACAACUUGGAACCACAAUAGAUGAUGCAAUUGGUGAAGCGUACGAUAAGAUAGCAAAAUGGCUUGGUCUUGAUAUGAGGAGGAGUGGAGGGCCAGCAGUCGAGGCACUUGCUCAAGAGGGAGAUGCAGAAUCUAUCAAAUUUUCAAGUCCAAUGAAACAACAUAAAGAUUGCAAUUUCUCAUAUGCUGGACUGAAGACUCAAGUGAGGCUGGCAAUUGAAUCCAGAAAUAUCAAUGCAGAAAUUCCCAUAUCAUCUGCAACCAGUCAAGACAGAAGCUCCCGAGCUGAUAUUGCUGCAUCUUUUCAGCGAGUUGCAGUGCUGCAUUUAGAGGAGAGGUGUGAACGGGCAAUUGAUUGGGCACGAAAGAUUGAGCCAUCUAUAAAAUAUCUGGUGGUCUCUGGAGGUGUUGCAUCAAAUCAGUAUGUCCGAACCCGGCUUGAUCAGGUUGUGAAGAAGAAGAACUUGAAACUUUUAUGCCCUCCUCCCAGUCUCUGUACAGAUAAUGGUGUAAUGGUGGCUUGGACUGGAAUUGAGCACUUCUGUAUGGGAAGAUUUGAUCCUCCACCACCUGCAGAUGAAGCAGAGGAUUUUGUGUAUGAUCUGCGACCAAGGUGGCCAUUAGGAGUGGAGUAUGCUGAAGGAAGAAGCAAUGCUCGUUCUAUAAGAAGGGCACGGGUUCAUCCAUCUCUUACUUCUCUAAUUCAAGCAUCACUCCAACAGCAGUGAUAUGUGGAACUCCUAGUUCUCUGGAGUUCCUUAAAAUACGACAUUGCUAGUUGGUUGACAUUUUUAGACAGUGCUCUCAUUGCUCAAAGGAUGAUUGUCAACCUUGUUGACCAGAAUCUGGUUUUCAAAUGGGGAACGGAGAUUGUCUGUAGACCUGACACCAAUUCUAAAAAUGAUUAAUCAGUCCCGACUCCUGAGGAAGUGUUCUGGUCAGGCAUCUAGGAAGUUGGUAACUUGCAUUUCAGAACCCGAAGUCUUUCUGCUGCGAUCUCAAAUUGGAAUCUCUUGUUUCCCUUGGUUGUGCGCGUUCCGAGUAUUGUUAUGAUCCUGUAUAUUCUACACUUGUUAUUGCAUAUUGGAUAAGACUUGAUUUAGUGUAGUAGCAAUAAGUAGAGUUACAGAUUCAAUUACCAUUGAGUUGUUUAUAUUUUAAUUACUUCCCUUUCUUAUAUUUGGGGGUUAACCUGUCUUGUUCAUAUAAUUAUUCUAAUAAAUGUUAAUAUUUUAAUAA